AUGAAAGUUCAACCUGAAGAUGGAUUAGCACCUGUUGCAGAAGAUAAAACUAAUUUUGUUUUUAAAUCUUUGAAUCGUUUCUUGAUAGGACACUCCGACACCGACAAUUAUUCUGAAAAAUGGAAGGAAGAAUUUUCAUACUAUCCCUCUUGGUUUGAUGCUGAUUUAUCCCUACAACUUAUAAAUGCGGGUAGAGCUAAAGGAAAUACUAUUGCUUUAUAUGCUAGAUCAUUUUUUCAAUUAGUUCUUUAUAAAAUGGGAAGUUUUAUACAACGAAAUCCUGUAAAAAUUUUAUGUUUCGGUUUCCUGUUAUUUACUUGUUUUAUGGGUGGAUUAAAAAAUGUCACUAUUGAAACAGAUAUUGUUAAAUUAUGGGUUUCUCAAGGUGGUAGAUUAGAUGAAGAAUUAAAUUUUUUAUCAAGAGUUCAACAUGAAGCAUCUAAAAUUGUUGUAAGAAAUAAAAAAUCUACCGAAAAAUUGAAUGAAGUUUUAAAAAAUAAUAAUAUUAGUAAUGUUUUAUCAUCAAUAUCAUUAUCAAAUAAUUCUAUAAAACCAUUUGUUGUUAAAAAAAAAGAACAUUCCUCCUCAGCACCAGAAAUUCCUAAAGGUAAUGGUUUAGGUGGUGGUUUUCAGGUUGUCAUUCAAACACCAGAAAUUAAGGGUGAAAAUGCUUUAACAAAAGAAGGUUUAUUAAAACAUGUAGAAUUGAUGAAAGAAAUAGCACAAUAUAAAGUUGAAAUGUAUGGUGAAUCAUGGACAUUAGCUGAUAUUUGUUUUAAAACUCCAGCACCAAGUUUUCCUCCAGGACCUCUUAGUGGUGCACUUUCAACAUUACUUGAAAAAAUUAUUCCAUGUAUUUGGAUUACACCUAUUGAUUGUUUUUGGGAUGGAUCAAAACCAUUAGGACCUUUUCCAGAAUUAAAUUUAGGAGAUGAUAUUUCAUCUUUUAUAACAUCACUUCCAAAAGGUAAUAUAACAUGGAAAAAUUUAGAUCCAACAGCUGUAAUUAAAGAAGUUGAAAAUUUAUUUGAUCUUGGAGGUAUUGGAAGUCUUUUUGAAAGAGCAGGUAUUGACAAAGCAUAUCUUGAUCGUCCUUGUAUUGAUCCACUAGAUCAUGAAUGUCCAAAACAAUCACCAAAUUAUUUUGAUAAAUGUAAAGCAUUAGAAAAAUUUAAUGCAUGGAAUAAUGAUAAACCAAUUGAUGAAAAAGUAAUAUUAGAACCAGAAAUUUUUGUUAAAUCCAAUGGUUCUGAUGUAAACAAUAUAUUUUCUGGAUUAAUUGGAAGAAAAAAAAGGGAAACUACUACUAAUGAGAGUGAGACUGAAGAGAAAGUUGUUAAUCCAGAAAAUAAAACUUCUAAAUCUCGUGAUGAUGACUAUUAUACAUAUGAUACUGAUGACGAUGAAAAAGAGGCUGCUGAGAAAGCAAAAGUUAAGAAAAACAAAGACACAGAAUGUCAAACAUAUUCUAAAAGUUUAUUAAAAUGGAUGAAUUAUAAUAAAGAUAAAUGGAGUCUUUUUCUUUCACCUGAAGAAAUGCCAAAAUAUCCUGAUUAUGGAAAACUUAUGACAGGUGGUUGUUAUGGUUUUGGAAAAAAAAUUAUGAAAUGGCCGGAAGAUUUAAUUAUUGGUGGUAUUGAGAGAGAUGAACAUAAUAAUAUUAAAAAAGCUGAAGCUUUUCAAUCAGUAUUUUUAGUUUCUGGAGCACAUGAUGUAUGGUUACGUUAUCGUGAUAAAAAAACUGAUGUUAAACCUAAUCUUGAUCAUUCUAUUUGGACUAGAGGAGUUGCUAAUGAAAUUGUACAAGCAUGGCAAAGAAAUUUUACCCAAAAUUUGUAUAAACAUCCUUUAAAUAUUAAAACAAAUACAAAACGUGUCUUCCAUCCACUUGCUUCAACAUCAAUUGCUGAUAUGUUAGAAGAAUUUUCAGAAUUUAAAUUUUCUAUGAUUAUUAUUGGAUACCUUCUUAUGGUUAUUUAUGCUGGUUUUGCUCAAUAUGAUUGGGAUGGAUUUUGGUUUUCUCACAAAUCUACUGCUGCAAUCUCAUUUUUGGGUGUACUUAUUAUUACUUAUUCUUCAAUAGCCGGUUUAGGUUUAGCAACAUAUUUUGGAGUUCAAUUUAAUGCUGCAACAACGCAAAUUGUACCAUUUCUAACGUUAGGUUUAGGUGUUGAUGAUAUGUUUUUACUUCUUCAUAAUUAUAAUAAUUUAUUAAAAGUUUCAAGAAAUAAUGAAAUUGGACUUUUAAUGAAAGAAACUGGAAUGUCUAUAUUUAUUACUUCUACAAAUAAUAUUUUAGCUUUCCUUUCAGGAACAAUUCUUCCUAUUCCUGCUCUUCGCUCUUUCUGUGCUCAAUCAGGAAUUUUACUUACUUUCAAUUUAAUUACUAUUACCUUCUUUUUCCCAGCAAUUAUAACUCUUGAUCUCAGGCGAAGAAAGCAAGGAUUUCGUGAUUUUUCAAUAUUUUUUCCAUGUCUUAAAAAAGAUGCUGAAAAAAAUGUAAAAAAAGAUUUUGAAUAUUUUGAUAGUCAUAAAACACAUAAAGAUGAUGUUCAUGUUAGUUUAAAUCAUGAUGCUCCAAUAUAUACAUUGGUAGGAUUAUUAGAAAAAAUAUAUCUUCCAUUUUUAAUAACAAGAACAGCUAAAGUAAUUAUUAUUACAAUAACUAUAAUUUUAAUUUCUCUUGGAAUUUAUGGUUUAAGUAACUCAACAUUAGGUUUAGAAUUGUCUGAUGUUUUACCAGAACACACUGCACCAGCACAAUUCUUAAAAGCAAGAGAACAAUAUUUUUCAUUUUAUCCAAUGUUUAUUGUUCUUAAAGGACCAAAUAUUGAUUUUCCAAAUCAACAAACAAAAAUUGAAGCAUUACGUCAAGAUAUAGCAAAAUCUAAUUUUGUUAUUAAACAAGAUGGUCAACCAUCAGAACCAUAUUGGAUGUCAAUGAUGCAAACAUGGUUAAGAGCUCUUCAAGAACAAUUAGAUGAAGCAAUAAAAAAAGGAUCAAUUGAUAAGGAGACUGGAGCUAUAAAAAAAGGAAUAAAAUUAGAAAAUGACAUUUAUAUUGCUCGUAAAAUGAUAUGUUCAUAUGGUACUAAAUUUAAUUGUACAGGAAGAAUUGGUUCAGUAAAAUUAAUAGAUGAUAGUAAUAUAAUUAAUCCUGAAGGAUUUUAUAAUUAUCUUACAGCUUGGUAUCAUGCUGAUAAUAUGAUGUAUUAUGUAUCACAAGCAGCUUUCUAUCCAACUCCACCUCCAUGGAAUUUUAUGGAUAGACAAGAUAAAGUUAUUCCACCAGCUAGAUCAUUAUCAUACUCACAAAUUCCAUUUUAUAUGACUGGUCUUAUUGAUACACCACCAAUUGUAAAAAUGAUUAGAGAAGUAAGAGGUAUAUGUGAAAAUUAUACUGAUCAAGGAUUACCAAACUUUCCAUCUGGAAUUGCAUUUACCUUUUGGGAACAAUAUCUUCAUCUUAGAUGGCAUCUAUUUUUAGCUAUAUGUACAAUUGCAGGAUGCGUUUUUGUCGUAGUUUCUGUUAUUAUUUUUAAUCCAUGGGCUGCAACAAUGGUUAUGUUGAUUGUUGUAUCUAUGUGCAUAGAGUUAGCUGGUUUUAUGGGUAUUUUUGGUAUUAAACUUAAUCCUGUAUCUGCUGUAACAUUAAUUACUGCAGUUGGAAUUGGUGUAGAAUUUACAGCUCAUGUUGUCUUAGCAUUUUUAACAUCAUUAGGAACUAGAAAUGAUCGAAUGGUUUCAUGUAUGAGGCAUAUGUUUAUUCCUGUUAUGCAUGGAGCUCUUUCGACCCUCCUUGGUAUUAUUAUGUUAGCAUUUUCAGAGUUUGAGUUUGUCGUUAAAUAUUUCUUUGUUGUCUUAACAGCCUUAAUUCUUAUUGGUAUUUUUAAUGGUCUGGCUAUGUUACCAGUUAUGUUAUAUUAUAUUGGACCCCCAUCAGAGAUAAUAUCAAUGGAUGGAUCAGAUAGAUUAAUAAUACCUGAAUCUUUUAUAAAAAGAGGACGAAAAACACAAGUUGCCUCUUUGCAAAUUCCUUUAAAUAAAGAGUCAAGACUUGAUAAUGAAAUGUCAGAGUUUAAAGAAAUAAAAACAAACAUUUCAUAA